GCACAGGUGCAUCACUGCAUACGUACUCACAGCAGGCCAACUGAUGAGUUGGAGGCCGCUGGCCUUAGCUCCUUAGAAAACGCGUUGUUUCAUCCGCGUAUGAGGUCAUGGUGGAGGGCCAAGGCGUUUGUGCUCAUUAAGGCCGCAGAGCCAUCUGCAUCCUCAUUUCCCCGGAAUGAACGAAACAGGGCCACCGGAACAGCCACCGACGUAGACCCUCCCCAGCAGGAGUCCCCGCCCAGGGACCAGACCACGACCGUCCAGCGCGCAGAAUCCGCUCCGGGGUCCGGGCCUGCAGAAGACUCCAGAGGCAUCGGCCACAGCGGACUCAGCACCGGAGGCGGGCCCACCUUCCUGCCGGAAUUCGAUGGCAUUUCUCGCAAAGAUGUCAAGGACGGCGUAACGAGUGCACAGAUGACUCCCUCUUCUGGCAUACACUUCGCAGAGAUCCGAUGA